AUGCGCCAUCCCAUCAUCGCGAGCAGCGGCCUCCUGGCCCUGCUGCUGCCCACAGCAGUAUCAUCGGCCCGGUCCUGCUCGGCCCCUCUGACAAAAUGCCUCGAGGCCGCCGGCGUGCCUCUCGACAAGCCCGGCAGCGAGGCAUGGGAGAUGGACGCGGCGCCCUUCAACGAGCGCCUGCCGUUCCUGCCCGCGGCGGUCGCGGUGCCGCGCACGACGGCGCACAUCGAGGACGCGGUCAAGUGCGCCGCCGAGCUCGGGGUCAAGGUGAGCGCCAAGUGCGGCGGGCACAGCUACGCCUCGCUGGGGCUGGGCGGCGAGGACGGGCACCUGGUCGUGGCGAUGGACCGGAUGCACGCCGUCACGCUCGCCGAGGACGGGGAGACGGCGGUUGUGCAGGAGGCGCGAGGCUGGGGCAUGUGGCGGUGGAGCUUUGGGAGCAGGGAAAGAGGGCGAUUUCGCAUGGGACGUGUCCUGGGUACGGUUGGCAUUAGCGGACACGCUCUCCACGGGGGCUUCGGCAUGAGCUCCUACACCCACGGCCUCGCCCUCGACUGGAUCCGCAGCGCCACCGUCGUGCUGGCCAACGGCACCACGGUGCGGGCCUCGGCGGACGAGAACGCCGACCUGUUUUGGGCGCUCCGGGGCGCGGGCGGGUCCAUGGGCAUCGUGGCCGAGUACGAGUUUGCUACGUUUGAGCCCGUCGAGGAGUACACGCACUUCGAGGCCGCCCUCAACUGGGCGGACGGGGAGAGCCUCGUGGGCGGGUGGAUGAGCCUGCAGGCCUGGGGCGCCGAGGAGAUGCCGCGGGAGAUGAACCUGCGGUUCAGCGUCGACUCGCGGGGCGUCUUGCUCGACGGGCUGUACCACGGCAGCCAGGCGGACAUGGAGGCCGUGGUCCUGCCGCUGCUGGAGAGGCUCGGCGGCGGCGCGAUCACCGUGAAUACCACGUUUGACUGGAUGGGCCAGCUGGAGCAGUAUGCGUUUGCCGAGGAGCUCAACUACACGCACCCGUACAACCUGCACGAGACCUUUUACGCCAAAUCCCUCUUCACCCACGCCCUGCCUCCCGAGGCCAUCGCAUCCUUCAUCACCUACGCCCUAACCACCGGCACGGAAUUCUACAACACCGAGGUGGACCACGACUCCACCGCCUACGCGCACCGCGACAAGCUCCUCUUGUUCCAGUUCUACGAUCGCGCCUUUGGCGCCUACCCGUCCGGAGAGGAGCCGUUUGGGCUGCUGGACGGCUUCGUGAGCUCCAUCACGGACCACCUCGCGCCGGAGGACUGGGGCAUGUAUCUCAACUACGCGGACCCGAGGAUGGAGGACGUGGCGGAGGAGAGAGCGGCGUUGGGCCCUGUGACGUCCCAGUUGUUGAGGCCGUCGCUAAAGUCUCCGUUCAGGAUAACCGAUCCCCCAUCUUCAUCCACGUAUCGGCAGUCGAUCGAGGGGGUGGGUGGUUCCGCGGUCGAUGUCUCUUCGGCUGAGGAAGAUGACUCUGUUGUUGAUGAUGGUUCCUCUGUUAUGGUUGAUACGGCGGAUGACACAUCCGUGGAAAUGUCCGUGGAAGAACCCGUGGAAGCAGAUGAGCCUCCCGUCUCAGUCGAACUGACCGAGGUAGAGGAGCUCGCAUCGCUAGAGGCACCCGACGUGGGAGAGCCACUUUCGGAUGCUGAGCUGCUGUCGCUGGCCGAGAUGGAAGAUUGUGACUGGGUCACGGUGCUGAAGCUGGAGCUUGUUGAUCGGUCAUGGAGAGGCUUAGGACGAUGGGGCCGAUGA